AUGGGCAAGAAGGGCACCUCAGUUCCUUGUCCAUUUGGCUCAAAACCAAAGAAGAAACGCAACAUACCAGCAGCUGAAGGCUCUGGUAUCAUUGUUGCGGCAGUUCAAAGCAGUGAGGCUCAAUAUGUGAAAGAUCAAAUAGAGGCGCUUGCGCUAGCCCUUGAGCAAGCGGGAAAUGUAUCGAAUGGAUCAAAUAUCAGAGUACAUGAGGAGGACAAUGCACCUGUCAACGAUGAACCUGGUGUCAUGGAAGUGGAACACGAGAACGAAAAUAUCAUGGCAUUCCAGCAGCACGCUGAUGAACCGGAAGUGGUGUUACCACCAGAUGAGAACACAUCAUUCUCCAACUAUGUCCAAGGCUCAUAUUACAAAAGCAAAAGAUUAGCUGAAAAAGCCAAUUGGGAAAAGAAUUUACCGGAUAUGUUCAUGAAUUAUAUGACUUUAUCUAAAAAAACAUUACAUUGGGGUGAUACGUCAAGCUGGGACCACAAUUUUAACCAUGGCUGCUGCUGUGAAGUUGGCAAACUACGCACUCGCAAGGUUGACAUGCUAGACAUUGCUAGUGGGUUGCUAGCUUGCUCUUAA